AUGUUGCUGGAGCGGGUCCGCGCCGGCUCGGAGAAGGCAGCGGAGCUCUGCCCCUUCCCGCGGAGCCCAGAGAUCCCGCUGUGCGCCGGCUGCAACCAGCACAUCGUGGACAGGUUCAUCCUCAAGGUCCUGGACCGGCACUGGCACAGCAAGUGCCUGAAAUGCUCCGACUGCCAGACGCAGCUGGCCGAGAAGUGCUUCAGCCGCGGGGACGGCGUCUACUGCAAGGAGGACUUCUUCAAGCGCUUCGGGACGAAGUGUGCCGCCUGCCAGCAGGGCAUCCCCCCGACCCAGGUGGUGCGCCGGGCCCAGGACUUCGUUUACCACCUGCACUGCUUCGCCUGCAUCGUCUGCAAACGGCAGCUGGCCACCGGCGACGAGUUCUACCUCAUGGAGGACAGCAGGCUGGUCUGCAAGGCGGACUACGAGACGGCCAAGCAGAGAGAGGCUGAGUCCACGGCCAAGAGGCCCCGCACCACCAUCACGGCCAAGCAGCUGGAGACCCUCAAAAACGCUUAUAACAACUCGCCCAAGCCGGCGCGGCACGUCCGGGAGCAGCUCUCCUCGGAGACGGGGCUGGACAUGCGGGUGGUGCAGGUCUGGUUCCAGAACCGCAGGGCCAAGGAGAAAAGGCUGAAGAAGGACGCGGGGAGGCAGCGGUGGGGUCAGUACUUCAGGAACAUGAAACGAUCCCGGGGGACCUCCAAGUCCGACAAGGACAGCAUCCAGGAGGAGGGGCCCGACAGCGAUGCCGAGGUCUCCUUCACAGAUGAGCCCUCUAUGUCUGAAAUGAGCCAUUCCAACGGGAUUUACAGCAAUCUCAAUGAAGCGUCCCCUGCUCUGGGGAGACAGGCUGGGACCAACGGGAGCUUUGCUCUGGAUCACAGCGGCAUCCCAGCUCAGGACCAGUACCACGACCUGCGAUCCAACAGCCCCUACGGGAUACCCCAGUCACCGGCUUCCUUGCAAGCGCUGCCGGGCCACCAGCCUUUAAUCUCCAGCUUGGUUUACCCAGACAACGGCUUGGGCAUCAUGGGACAAAGCGGACAAGGGGUGCCCCAGUCCAUGAGGGUCCUGGCCGGGAACGGACCCAGCUCCGACCUCUCCACCGGCAGCAGCGGGGGAUACCCGGAUUUCCCUGCCAGCCCGGCCUCUUGGCUGGAUGAAGUCGACCACGCUCAGUUUUGAUACAGGGUCCACCACCGCGCAGUGGGAAGGGAAAGGACUCGGUGCUGUUAAACGUCAUCUGCUCUCGGAAAUGAAGGAGGGACAAACUGUGAGUGCUGAGCGGGGCAGGGAAGCGUGACGACACGGAGAGAGCGGACGUGCUUUCGGAGGGGGACCCGGCGGCGGGUUAGCAGAGGACGGUGGGCAGCGGCAG